AGUAUUUAAAUAUAUGUCCAACGUGGAGCAGGAAAGUGAAAAUUGAUUCUCUACAGCAUUUAUCUGAGAUGUAGUUCAAGUUCUUCAAGUUAGCCAAAGCAAAGAGCUUCCACUCUCAGUGGAAUGCCAGCUUGGCAGACAGUCUGGAGUUGAUUCGGUGGCAUCUUUGAAGAGAGAUUCAGAAAUUGUGUAUUUUUUUAAACAAGUUUCCUAAAUAAGCAAGGAAAGUAAAAAAGACACCAAGAAGGAUUUUUAAUUACCUAUGUAAUGUUCAGGCACCUUUUAGUGGAGACAGAGGUGAUGAGCUGGCAAAUAUGAUUGAUGAUCAGAUUACAACUCCUAAUGAUUUUCUUUAGCUGUGCUGUGGAGUGACUGCAGGCUCUGACACAGAUCAGCCUUCUUGUGCUAGCUCUCAUACACGUAGACAUAAAGGAGGUGGCUUCCGCCCAAAGCAUUAACCCACAGACUGCAAUAGCAGCAAGCUUGGAGAGGACCAAAAGCUAAGAAGACAAAAGGUGACAGCCCAUUGCUGGAGCCUGAAUAUCCUCUGAGACAGACGCCUGGUGUGUGGGUGGCUGUUCCCACAAGCACACAUCCGCUGCACACUGGUGGCUCAGCCUCUGCCAUGGAAGCGCAUUUACUCUCCUUCAGCUUUCCAACCAGUUCCCAAGGUUGCUGAGUACAGCUGCAGCACACGAGUGCACUCCAGGAAAGCUAAGUGCCUACUGUGAAAGGUAGCACCUGGAGUUAUAAAGACCAGAAGUGCAAUGCUGCAGAGCUGAAUUGUCUCCUUGGAUCUACCUUUUGCAGAGGUAUGGACAAUAUGUAUGAAGCAGAAUCUUUGCCUCUCAAGCACAGGAACUGUGAAUACUAGACCUCUCGUUCACCAGGAAAAGCAGUGCCUUAAAGAGAAUGGCAGUGGUCUCUGCAAUGUCCUGGGUCCUGUAUUUGUGGAUAAGUGCCUGUGCAAUGCUGCUCUGUCAGGGGUCCCUCCAUCACACUUUCCAGCAGCAUCACCUGCACAGACCAGAAGGAGGAACGUGUGAAGUUAUAGCAGCACACAGAUGCUGUAAUAAGAAUCGAAUUGAGGAAAGAUCACAAACAGUAAAAUGCUCCUGUCUACCUGGGAAAGUGGCUGGGACUACAAGAAACAGACCUUCCUGUGUUGAUGCUUCAAUAGUGAUUGGGAAAUGGUGGUGUGAGAUGGAGCCCUGCCUAGAAGGAGAAUGUAAGACGUUGCCUGAUACUGGAUGGAUGUGUGCGACUGGCAAUAAAAUCAAGACCCCAGAGUAA